AUGCUGCGAGAACGACACCGAUCACGAUCCCGCUCUCCCCACCGGCCUGAUCGAAGACAAAAACACAGAACUCGAUCACCACACCAAAAAACACCGUCUGUGAAACGACCGCUUCCGCUCGGUGCCCAUGAAAUAUCUCGCCAUGACCUCCCCAAGUACCGGCCAAUGUUCGCCCUGUACCUGGACAUACAAAAGCAGCUUGACAUUGAGGGCCUGGAUGAGACCGAAUCAAGAGGCCGGUGGAAGAGUUUCGUGAGUAAAUGGAAUCGUGGAGAACUCGCAGAGGGAUGGUACGACCCUCAUACACUUGAAAAAGCCAAAUCAGCCUCUGUAUCUACGCCUGAAUAUGCACUUAGCCAUCCUGUUUCCCACAAGAAACGCAAGGUCACCGCAUCAGAUCAUAGCGAAAACGACGACGACGCUGGUGAUGACUACGGUCCAGCACUGCCCUCUAGUGAAAGCACUCUACGGCGAAGCUUCACAGACAAUGGGCCGGUGUCCGGAACUGGAGUCGGAGCUUCAAUUCCAACCCUCGAAGAUCUGCGAGCCCGCGACGAUGAGGCCCGUCUCGACUCAGAGCAGGCCGGAAAAUCUCAGUACGCCUCCCUCAAGCAGGAACGCACGCUCGAUCGCAAGGAGCAAAAAGCACUACUAGACGAUCUCGCACCACGGGCGGAGGCAGGGACGCGCGAGCGCCAGCUGGAGAAGAAGCGAGAAAUCGCGGACUCGAAUCGAGCGUUUGCGGCAGCGAAGGAUGGCGGUGGCGAUGCGGAUCUACGAGAUUCCGAUAUUAUGGGUGACGAGAACAGUCUAGGCGAGGUGAAGAGGAUGAAGAGGGAGAAUGAGCGCAGGAAGAAUGAAAGAGAGAUUAGGAAGGAGGAGAUUCUACGUGCCAGAAAGGCUGAGAGGGAGGUCAGGCUGGCAGCUUUGAAGGAGAAAGAGGAUCGGACAAUGCAGAUGUUCAAAGAUAUUGCAAAGGCGCGGUUUGGUGGCGAUCAUGAUGACGAGUAA